CAUACAAGGUAGAUGGCUAUAAAGUUCAGAGAUAAAACUGACAUAUUUUACUUGGCUGUUACAAGGACUUAGAAUGUUUAGGGUAUUUUAUAUACCAUAUGUGUGUUACUGCUUAAUCUGCAGAGAAUUUGUACUUCCCCAUGAAACCAUUACACUUUAUGGCCAAAUGCUUUAAGAAUUGUCUACAUAUUUAUACAGCAAACAGUGAUAACUCACAUGGUGCUGUUAUGGAAUGGUGCAUACUGGGGAGGCUUUUGUGUUAUGUUUCCAGUUAGCAUGCAAAGAGUGGAUGGAGAUGUUCCUGGAAAUGUAAUUUCCACGUGCUGAUGUCUGGGGGUCGUGGUCCACCAGGGCAGCACAGACACAGCUGGAGGAGGUUGCUGAUGUCAGCUGGCUGAGGAACAAGGAUGAAACGUACCAAAGCCAAUGCUUUGAGUUGCCCCUUGCAGCAAACAAGUCGUUAUGCUUGCGCUGCAGGAGCAGACUGCGGAAGUUGAGCAGUAUUUUAGCUGCAAAUUUGAUCUGGGAUUCUAGAAGCAGUAAAGGACUUGGUAAUAGCUGCAGCCUGUGAAGUCUCACAGCAGUGCAAUAGGGAUCCUCUUCCUUACGUCCUUGAGGUAAUAAAAUGAAGAAAUUAAGCUGCAACUUCUGUUUGUUAGAUGCUGAAAGACCGAAUUCAUCUGAUAAUCAGCAAGAAUGAUUUUAGACAGAAUGGGAUGAGCUGAAAUGAGUCUCAGCUUUUGGGUUUGCUGGAGUCUGAUUUAGGAUCAGCUGCCAUUUCAUCUGGCUGCUUCGUUUGUAAUCCUGAUAUUCUAAAAAGGGCAUUUCCUGUCACAUAUCUGAAUGAGACGCCACAUGUGCAUGUAAUUCAGAUGUUAUGGGCUGCAUAGCAUAUGUGGUCAUAGAGAUCAAUGGCGUCUUGUGUUGUUUUCCUGUUACCUAAAGUGCUUGGGUUACGCUUACAUGCAUCCCAAGGGAGCUUUUUGGAGCCCAGAUGGAUCUGUUUUGCAGCCCGACUCUACUGCCUUUUAAAGGAAGAAUGCCCUAAUUCCUAAGAAGGAAUUUGAAGCACUGUUUAGAACCAAAAGCACUGGAGAGGCAGGAUUAACUUAUUGUAACAGCAUCAGAGAACAAACUGCAUAAAGGAGUAAUGAAGGGUGAAAGCUGAAGUCUUUGAGAGGAACAGGAAUGUUGUUGUUGCUGCAGAGGAGAGCUCCAUCUGCCUGAGUGUUUUCCUUCACAGCCAUGUGGUGACUGAAGUGAAAUCUUUGAUGGUUUGUGGGUGAUAUAUCUGCGAGUGCUUCAGAUCUCUACAAGAUGUGUUCCACAAAUCCAGCCAACUGGGUUACCUUUGAUGAUGAGCCACUCUUCCAAUCACCUCAGAAACUGGUUCAUAAUCAGAGCAGCUGUAAAGCAAAUGGACUGAAACUCAAUCUCUCUACUGUGCAUGAGUCUUCAAGUCGAUCAUCUUCUACAGGCAGCACUCCGCUCUCAUCUCCUGUAGUUGACUUCUACCUGAGUCCUGGCCCACCCAGUAACUCUCCACUUACUACACCUACCAGAGAAUACCCAGGCAUCCAGAAGCAUGGGAUUCAUGUCCUUUAUCCUAUUCCUGAAUGGCCACCAAAUACUAACCUUCCAUCACCUGGGGUUUGCUCUUCCCUAGCCUCACAGAAGCCCAGCAGCCUUCUUUUAACUAAUGAUGGUUCAGUUAAGACUUCAGUCUCCAAAUCAGUAGAUGAAGGAAAUGCUGAUCUGCAAGGAGGCUGUGACAAGUCAGAAGAGUCAUCAGCAGUGGGGCAGUUCCCAUACUUCCAGACUGACUGUGGUUUUUCCAGUCCCUUUUGGAAGGAAGGAUGCUCGCUCAGCACAUCACCAGCUAACAUUAAUGUGUACAGGAAGGAUAAAGUGCUUGAUAAAGGCACUUGUCAUUCUACAGAGAAAGAGAUUUGCCAUGAUCAGAAGAGCCUUAACCAGGGCUCCUUCAGCUACAUCUGUGAGAGGCUUGAACACUUGCAAGCUGAUGGCUCAGAUGCUGUGGGAAGCCUGCCCAUCUCCAGUUCUCAUGAAUGGCACAAGGAUUCCUCAGCUGUUCCUCACGGCCUGUUCAGGAGCCGGAAAGCUGAUGGAUGGCCAUUCAUGCUGAGGAUUCCUGAAAAGAAGAAUAUGAUGUCAUCUCGGCAAUGGGGCCCUAUUUACCUUAGGGUUCUAGCUGGAGGAAUACUGCAGAUGUACUAUGAAAAAGGACUCGAAAAACCUUUCAAAGAGUUCCAGCUUCAGCCACAUUGUAAGCUGUCUGAACCCAAAUUAGAAAGCUAUAAUGUUUCAGGAAAAAUUCACACCGUGAAGAUUGAGUGUGUGUCUUACACAGAGAAAAGGAGGUAUCAUCCUAAGGUAGAAGUGAUCCAUGAGCCAGAGGUUGAGCAGAUGUUAAAGCUGGGAACCACAGAUUAUAAUGACUUCACUGAUUUCCUUGUAACAGUUGAGGAAGAGCUUAUGAAGCUUCCUACCACUUCUAAACAAAGGAGAAAUUAUGAAGAACAAGAAAUGACUCUGGAAAUAGUGGAUAACUUUUGGGGAAAAGUCACUAAAGGAGAAGGAAAGCUUGUAGAAAGUGCUGUUAUCACACAUGUUUAUUGUUUGUGUUUUGUGAAUGGAGGUACUGACUGCUUUCUGACUCUAAAUGACCUGGAACUCCAGAAGAGGGAUGAAUGUUACUUUGAGAAGGAGGCGGAGAAGAAAUGGAUCAGUAUUCUCGAUUGCCAUUUCCACAACUGUGUCAAAAUGCAGGAAUUCGAGCAAUUGCGAAUUAUCAAGUUUACACCCCCCGAUGCCUGUAGGCUGGAGCUAAUGCGUUUCAGGACGCAGUAUCACGGAGAAGACCUUCCGUUUUCUCUGAAGGCAACUGUAGUGGUUCAGGGGGCAUAUGUAGAACUUCAGGCCUUUAUAAAUAUGUCUUCAACUGCUCUGAUCCCAACACGGUUACCUUCUGUGAAGUGCUGCGAAAAUGUUAUGAUACACUUUCCAGUUCCUGCACAGUGGGUCAAAGCACUUUGGACCAUGAACUUGCAAAGGCAGAAGUCCCUAAAAGCAAAAAUGAAUAGAAGAACGUGCCUUGGUUCUUUACAUGAGAUUGAAUCUGAUCCUGUAAUACAAGUCUCGAUUGGAACAGCAAAAUAUGAGAGCGCCUACAGGGCUGUUGUGUGGAAGAUAGACAGGCUUCCAGAUAAAAACUCAAGUGCAGAUCAUCCACACAGCCUGUCCUACAAAUUGGAGCUAGGAUCAGACCAGGAAAUCCCUUCUGACUGGUAUCCAUUCGCCACCGUGCAGUUCAUUGUUCACGAUACCUGUGCCUCAGGAACAGAAGUGAAGUCGCUGGGCUUAGAGAGUGAUGUGCAGCCCCAGAAGCACGUGAUUCAGAAAGCUUUUUACAACUGCCAGGUUGAGAUCGAAAAGAAGUGGAUUAGGCUUGAUGGAGAAGAUCCAGAUAAGGCUGGCAACUGCUUAAUGCAGUGAAAGAGAACAGCGGGCAUCAUUGUAGGGUAUUUACACAGGAAAUUCUAUUGUUAGAAACAGCGCAAUGACCUACUUUCAGAUUAAAAAAAAAAAGUCACUGAAUAUACUUUUAAGUGCUUUUGGGUUUGAUUCUGCAAAUCAGCACUCAUCCUAUCAGCCUGUGUUCAAGUCACGCUCCUGUCAUGGGAAAACUGAUAUGGGCAAGGUCUACUUGUAAAGGUUUGCAGGAUAUGAGCACUUAUUUGACUGAUUAUAAUAUAUUUCUGUCCUGUUGCAUAUCUGUGACUUGGGAACAAUCUCAUAUUCCACAGUGAAACCUACCGGCACUUCUCAAAGAGUUUGAGUCACUUGGACAUAUAAUACUCAGCAAUAAAAACUGCCAGGGCUCUUACAUGCAGAGCAGUAUCUGUGUAGGGUCCAGCAGGACCAAUUACAUUUUUUUUAGUGACGCUUGAAAACCUCCAUCCCCCGUAUUUCUGUUCUCCACAAUUUAUGUGAGCAGAACAAAUUGCAAUAUUAUUCUCUAGGAGAGCUUCAGCUAAUGAGUUAGAACCAGGGUGAUUUCAUUGGUAAAGUGGGAAAAAUUCUUCUGCAGUAAUAUUCCUCAUUUUUCUGUGGCAGUGAGCGUUUCCUUCCCAGCACUUCUGUCUAUGUCAGCAUUAGACUUCUUUUUUUCCCACUGCUGCAGCAAGUGAGGGGGCAGAUCCUCAGCAAGCAUAAAUCAGCCCAGUCCUAUUUCAGCUGAUGAAGCUCUGUUAAUUUACACCAGCAGAGGGCUUUGCCCACACAUUGGAAAAAAAGGUGACUUGCUACCAAUUGCUCCUUUAGGAUGUGGGGUCCAGAUAUUGCUUUGGAAACUGCAGGAGCUUCUGCACUGCUGCUUGAAGGAACUUCACUGCCCGUGCAUGGGAAGUGAGGUUAUCAUCGUGCCACUGGCUGAAGGCAUUUCUGGAGGGAAACAGUGCAGGAAUAGACUAUUACAAGGGAAGUGAGGCUGUGUCACUUCACCAAAUAGCUACUAACGCUUUAUUAAUGUUGUUAAUGUCCCAUUCUUGUAAUUUAGGAAGAGCUGUUAUUCCCUUAAUCAUUUUAUGCAGGCUAUAAUUCCCACUCCAAGAAAAGAAAUACAGUAAAUUGAAAACGUAAUACGUUUUUAUUUUUUAAUGCAGUUUUCCUAAAGUAAUCCUUACUUGGAACGGACACGUUUAGAGAACAAAAAUACAGUCAUGCACGAAGUUUCACUUUAUAUUUUUCUACAGCUUGUAACUGUUUAUACGAACACUGUAAAAAUACAGAUGAAUGUUAUUCUGCCGAAGUAGAAUAUGUGGGCUAUGCACUGAGGCAAUUACCAGCCGGAGGAAACAGAAGGCCGUAAUAUGAACAUAGUUCACCACGAUACACUUUUCUCCUUGCUUGGAAGCUGAGGAUGAGAUGGGUAAUAGAUUCUGUAGUAAGUCCUGGGAGCAGGCUGUUAUGGGUAUUGCACUGCCAAAGCCCCCAAAAGACUAUUAUGAUAUUUUGUUGUCUUUAUAUUAUCCCCUUUUAUUGGCAGAUGUGAGAUCAUAAAUCUAAGCAAGCAUUUGAAUACAGUAGGGAUCCAAAAUAUGUCUCAGAUAUUGCAUCCUCCGUUCCUCUUUUGACUUUAGCAGCCAUUAGCACCUUCAAAUCACGUUUGGUUUAUUGUAUUCCAAUUUAAUUUUGGUUUAUUUACUUCUGAACUGAGUGAUACAGUGCAUGCUGGGGCAGUGCUUUUAUACUUAGCACCAUGGCAGAGCUCUGCGAUUCGUUUAAGUCCGCGGCUAUACUAGAGCUGCAAAGCUGCAUUAUAAAUUUGCCUUUCCUGGUAGUCAGUCCUUAUUAUGUCUGGUACGGUGCAAGUGAUCAUUCCGCCUUACUGAGCUCAUUAACAGAGAUAGGUCAAGCUGCAGCUUUAUCUGCACGGCACAGUUGUGGAUUUCCAUCUGAGGCAUGCCAGACUCUCCGUUCACUUCAACAGGAAUGGGAUCGGGGUCACAGGGAAUCCAUUCCACGGAGAUACUGCUGAAAGAAAGUUACUGUUUCAUCCAUGGUUUUCACAACAAGACUAAGGUUGAAAAACUACCCUCUUCAUUCUCAAGCAGGUGAUUGUAUGCCUCACUGUCUGAAUAUUGAAAAAUAUAAGGCAGUUCAAUGAAAGAAAGUCUGGGUUGACCUUUUUCUCCCCAUCAAAUUCUAACUUCCCAUUCUAGUGCAACAAUCUAAAGCGGAAACACUGGCUUCCCUUUUCUAAUAUUUCUUCUGCGUGCUCUGAUACCGUUGAAUAUAACCAGUUGAACAAAUAUUCUCAGUGUUUAACACUUGAUUGCUAACAUUUUCUAUGAAUGCUAAACGGCAAGUAAACAUACUGGUCUUUAUUGUUUAGAAAUCUGGGCAGCAAAUUGUCUAACUGUAUUUUGGGAGGGGAAUGGGGUGAGGAACAGUUGCGAUAACGUGUCGAGGUACUCCGUGUCCAGCUGGCAGAGGGACUGGAGCUUUAAAUAGCCCAUGAGGUACGCUGGCAUGGUGCGAGGAAGCAGGGUUUGUGCGUAUGUGAGCUGUGCUUGCCUGCAGCUAGCACCUGCACUCACUGACAGUCUUCCAACUGCUCUGCUCGCUUCAGAUGCAGUCUAAAAGUUACUGCAGGGCAGUAUUUAGAUGCUAUCUGUGUUUCUUUCCCAAAGGUGAAGCAGAGUUUGGGAUGUUUUAUAUUUUAAGUGGAAAUCAAUGAGAACGGCUAUUUUUAACGUGUUUUCUUUAUUUACAAAGUGUUGUAUUUGCUCAAAGUGGCAAGCUGUGUCUUUGCAUUAGUGUUUCUUAUACCGGUUGUGUUACCGUAGAUAAUGCUUGAUAUAAUUUUGGAUUCAAACACCCAUUGAAGUCAAUGGAAGUCUUCUGACAAAAUGGGAUCUGCAUCAAAGUCUGUGAGAAUAAAGGAGCGGCAAAAAGAAAGAAAAAAGAAAUGAAUAGUUGUAAUGGGCAGGAAAAGAAAGCACUGUAGAAGAUUCUUGAUGCUGGUCAAUAAGCAACCUGCAAGGCGUGCUUAUUCCAACCAGAAGAGAGAACAAAAGAGAGGAAAGGAGGGGUAAUUGGGAGUCAAAGCUGAAGCCUUGCAGUGACAGGGAAUGAUGUUCUGGCUGCCCCUGGGCAGCAGCUCUUAGAAACGAGGGUGGUGGUGCACUCCAUUGAAUGUGAUGCCAAGCCACGGUCAUCCUUAUGCUCCAUAUUAAUUGUCCAGAAGUACUCUACAUCCGAAAACGUACUUUCACACGUUGCUUCUAGUUGCAUUUAUUUUAUUUCACAGACUUCUUAGCUGCAGUAUUGGUGUCCACAUCUCUACUUCACAUUUAUUUGUCUUUUCGUUGACUAAGCACGGUAACUAACUGCUGCAGUCAGUAAUUCUUAGCUGUAAUUUUGAUAACUCCGAAGCAGUGCUGUUAUUCUUAACGGGAAGUAUAAUUUUAUUUUUGUCAGUUUAACUGUAAACAGAUCAUGCUGAUGAUCUCGUAAUAACGUUUUGUAGAUUGCGUAUUGAUUAAAAAAAAAAAAAUAAAGUUGUAUUUCAAA